AGGUACGUGGCCGCUUCAGCUGACAGUCUCCAUGAUGGCGACAGAGGUUCAGAGCGGCGACCUCGACAGCGCUACUUCCAGCCGGCUCGAAGUUUCCAUCGAUGGCCUCACCCUCAGUCCGGACCCGGAGGGCGAGCAGAGCCCGGUGGAAGAGCCGGAGCCCACACCCGCGGAGCCCGAGACCGAGAAGCCGGCUGCCGCUGGCGGCGAAGAUGGAGAGACUGCCAAAUCUGCGAUAGAGAGGAAAUGGGGCUUUCCUUUGCAGGAGCUGUACGGAAUGGCCCUUAAAUUUUUCAAAGAUAAAGAUGGCAAGGCCUUCCACCCGACCUACGAGGAGAAGCUUCGACUGGUGGCUCUGCACAAACAGGUGUUACUCGGCCCGUACAAUCCUGAUGCUUCGCCGGAGGUCGGCUUCUUUGAUGUCCUGGGUAACGACCGCAGGAAAGAGUGGGCGUCCCUGGGUAACAUGGAGAAGGAGGAGGCCAUGGUGGAGUUUGUCAAGCUACUUAACAAGUGCUGUAACCUUUUUGCACCCUACGUCACUUCACAUAAGAUUGAAAGAGAGGAGCAGGAGAGGAAAAGGAAAGAGGAGGAGGAGCGUCAGAGGCUGGAGGAAGAGGAGAGGGAGCGACAGAGGCAGGAGGAGGAGCGACGGAGGCUUGAGGAGGAGGAGAGGCUGAGGAGAGAGGAGGAGGAAAGGAGGCAGGCAGAGGAGGAGAGGCUACGAAUUGAACAGCAGAAACAACAGAUAAUGGCGGCGUUGAAUGCCCAGACAGCGGUGCAGUUCCAACAGUACGCUGCUCAGCAGUACCCCAACAGCCCGGAGCAGCAGCUGGGUCUCAUCCGUCAGCUCCAGGAGCAGCACUACCAGCAGUACAUGCAGCAGCUCUACCAGGUCCAGCUGGCCCAGCAACAGGCGGCCUUACAGAAGCAGCAGCAGCAGCAGCAGCAGCAGGCUGAUUCAGUUGUGCAGGGCACCCUAGAAUCUAGCGGCUUCAACAGCGGCGAACCCGUCGCCGCCUCAGCAGCAGGACCGCUUUGUGCUGCUCCACCGCUUGUUGGCGAGGAGGUUCCUACAGUCAAUGGAGGCCAGUCAGACUCUUACUCAGAGAGCAUGGACCGGGAGCCAGAGCCUGAACCGGCAGAGGAGGUCUCAGAGAACGGGCCUUUAUUAGCAGACUCCCCGCCAGUCAUAGCUGCUCCUUCCAUGUGGACGCGGCCGCAGAUCAAGGACUUCAAGGAGAAAAUCCGCCAGGAUGCAGACAGCGUGAUCACGGUGGGGCGUGGCGAGGUGGUGACUGUACGUGUUCCCACCCACGAGGAGGGAUCUUACCUGUUCUGGGAGUUUGCCACAGACUAUUAUGACAUCGGGUUUGGGGUGUUCUUCGAGUGGACGGACGCUGCGUCCGCUUCAGUCAGCGUGCACGUGUCAGAGUCCAGUGACGAGGAUGAGGAUGAUGAAGGUGAUCCUCCCAACGAAGAGGAGAAGGCCAAGAAGGAGGCAGGGAAGCCCCAGGUGGAUGAGAUUGUGCCGGUUUACCGGCGGGACUGUCACGAAGAGGUGUACGCCGGCAGCCACCAGUACCCCGGCCGCGGAGUCUACCUGCUCAAGUUUGACAACUCCUAUUCACUCUGGCGCUCCAAGAGUGUUUACUACAGAGUCUACUACACCAGAUAAGCCUGAAUACAGACACACGGGGAGCCAAGGAGUGUGUAUGUUCAUAUAUGUGUGUGUUUGUGUGUAUGGGUGGAGAUUAGUGUGAAGGCAGCCUGUAUUUGUGUGUGUAUGUGUGUGUGUGUGCGCGAAAGAGAAAGUGAUGCCAGAUCUGUUCUGGACAGAACCACCAGAGGGUGACAAAGAGACACAUCUGGAGCCCUUCGACUGGAGAUUGGACUAAUAUGUAUGUACUGUACGUGUACGCGUGACCCCAGAUUACACCAUGCUAGACCCCAUCAUCCAGCCCCUUCCAAGAGGAGUGUGUAUUCCUGUUGUAUAUUCACCACCUGUCUUUGCUGCGCUCACAUACACCAAGCUGUAGGACUUUGCUCUCAUGUUGUAUUUUACCACUUUUGCCCCCUCCUUCCCUCCACCCCGGGCUCCUCCUCCUCCUCCUCCUCCUCUGCCACCACACCGGCCCCAGCACUGUCCAACGUGGCCUUGUGGCUGCUUCUGCCCCCGAGUGGCGUUUUCGUAACCAUGGAUGGAAACUUGGCGAGUCCAGCGCUCUGUGAGCCAGUGUUUCCUGUUUGGUGGAAGCUGGUGGUUGUUUAUCCCCAGAGAACACAGACAAUGUUGGAAAUCCAGUUGUAUUUGCAAAUGUGCUUCAUAACACUAUGCCUUCUACACAGAGGUCUUCUGGUCUUUUGCCAAGUCUCUUUCACACAUUAAAGACACCACCAGGGUACACGCGUCCUUCUUCUGUUGUAAAGCAGCCGCCUGUCAUUCUCUUAACUUAGCGCAUAUGUGAAGAUACGAGAGGAUUGUUUCGUGGAAGCAGUGGUCUUUUUGGGCUUAUCCUUGCACACAAACAGUCUGUUUCUCACCCUUAUUUCUUCUUGUAGUCUGAUUAACAGAGUGCACCAGGACUAGGUUUCAUUAAUGGAGCAUAACUUAUGAAGGACAGGCAGGAAGUCAUGGAGUCACAUGGGUGUGAGGGGGAGUCAUGCACAUGGUCAAGUAUGGUUGUGGGCUUUCUGGCCUUCCAACCACAAGCAUCUCAGUAUGAUACAGAAAAAAGAAGUUUAAAAACAAAUUACUUUAUAUAAAUAUAUAUAUAUGUUUGUUUCCAUUUCUCCUGAACAUUUUUAUCAGCGUGUUUCAGUUCGUUUUACAUCCAAGCAGCUGCUUCUCGACGGUCCCUGUUUCUAUGGUUUCCCCACGUCACUCAAAAACUGUCUGUAUUUUUUUGCGCAUUAAUCACAAAAAAAAAAAGGUAUUGUUAAUAUGACUUGGGAGGUUUUUGUGUUCAUCGUUCUGUGUGUAUUUCAGAUUUUGCUGUACUGAGUUCUGGCAAACACACACGUGACAAUAAAGAGAUCCACUAACCGCCCACGUUUUUGGAGGUCAUGACACACUGUUACAUCCGUGCAGCGUUCAAAAAUCCAAAAUCCACGACGCAAAAUGCUGUGUUCCAUUUUUUUAUUUUCAUCGUUUUUCUCCUGGUAGGCGUCGACUCCGAUUGUCAUCCAGAGUAUUGUGAAUAAACCGAGACGAUCCGGACUCGUCGUCGUGUCGCCGGGUGACGCGGUCGCUUACUAACUCAGUUGUGACAUCUAAAUGUAUUCUACUUUAGAACUUGGUUGCCAUGAUUUAGAUUCAUUCUGUUGUUCGGUUUGACGUUAGCGGUGCUGUGUAAACUGUCUGAAUCUGAACGAUGGUUGUUGAAUGUGUUCGGUGAAGGCGUCGGGCUUCACUUCAUCACACUGACUGUGCAUUUCUGUGUGUGCGUGCAAGCAAACUUGCGACAGAGGCCGAAUAUCUUGCGAGUUGAGCAAUCCUCCGGCAACUCUGUCAGAUUAUUUAAUUACUCCUGCCUCCGACCCGUUGAGUGAUUUGUGUAACAAAAUGUCACUACCUAUGGCCGAACCAGGCCGUAAAGUUCAAGGAAGUUCCCAUAUCCUCUGAUAUGUGAUGUUUGUUUCUUCUCAAGUUUCUUAUUGCUCACCAAAUGGUUUGAGUCGAGUUGUACAAGCCUUGUAUGUAAAUAAUUCUAUAAAUGAGUUUAUGUAUGGGUUUUUAGAUGUGGAAGAAGGCUAUGGUUUUUUUGCGAAUCAAUGCACUGUAACAUAAGGUGGCUGAGAUACACCCCGAAUGAAAGUCCAAAACUUGUAGGAGGUACAAAAGCUGUACGACUCCACCGACGUGACAGACAGAAAAGCUCAUCUUUUUGUAUUGUUUUGACCUGUUUGAAUCUCUUAUGAGUUGCGAGAUCUUUUUGGGCAUAUAUUUAAUCUUGAUUAAACUUAUCUUCAUCUCUAGAA